AUGCCCAGUGCCCACCCAGGCAGCAAGGGCCCAGAGGGGCCUUCAUUACCCCCUUUUCCCCAAGCAGCCUCCUCCAAGGGGCACCUCUUUAGCAGGCAGCCCCGGGGGUCACUGCGCACAAGGUGUAAUCAAAUUCCUACUGGUGGAUUUGGUAAGCUGAAAAAGAGUCAUUUGGAAAUUCCAGUAGAACAACUGAUAGAACUUAGUUUGUCAGAGAACUCACAGAAAAGAUCACAGAACAAUAGUAAACCAGGGAUGUUUCAAUUCUGGAGCUACCCUCAUAAUGAAGCAAUAACUAUGGAGAAUAGGGAUUUCCAAAAAUCUUCAAUGGAAACUGGCUUUAAUAUAAAUAAUAAUCCUCUAAGACUCUUCACUCUGAACCACUCACUAACAGGUGCUUCAGUUGACAAACAAGCUGGUUCUUACCCUGGACUGCAGCCACAGCUGCCAUUAAGUCUCUGCUGGCCUUAUGCAGAUGGAGACUUUUGUAAAGAUAAAAGAGAGCCUCAAAGUAACUCGUACCCAGCUAUCGAAAGCAAUAAUGGGGACCCGUCAUCUGCUUCCAACUGGAAUACAAAAUAUGGGAACAGCUGCAUAGAAGAAAAUCUGACUGAUGAAAGUGACUUAUGAAAUGAAAAAGUUAAUGACACAUUACUCACUUACUUUAAAAAAAUGGACCUCAAUUUAAAGCCAGAAGUAAUAGAAGACUUUGAAGUCUUUUUGGAACAGCAAAAUGAAGUGUUUUCAUAUCCUGAUUUUCUCCCUCCACCUUUUAAUACUCUAGACUUGCACAAACUGGCCUUCUCAAAAUCUGAGAAUUGGAAAGUGGCAUUAGAUCCAAUAGAAAGCUCCAUUGAGCAGUUGAUAAGUCGUUUAUUGGAGAUGGAAAGAAUACAACAUCUGACUAUACAAAAGGAGAAGCCAAAGAUACCCAUCAACUGUUCUACUCAAGUCAUUACUGAACGGCCCAGUUCAUCCAAAGGCUCAUUCAAACAGAAGCCAUCAAAGUAUCCUGAAUCUCUGCCCCUUCAGACAGCUUAUGUAGAUAAAAGUAGAGAAAAAAGAAAAAACAACUCUAAUUCUUGCAAACUAGAGCAGAAUACUUCAAAAUGCAAUUGGAACAAUGCUGGUAAAUAUAAAUGGAAUUCCAGACCACCAUCUAUCAGAAGCUCUUCUACCACAAAACAAAUCAUUGCUACUUAUGAUGACUUUAAAAUUCCCAAAGGCUCCUCUUUAAGUCCAUGCCAAGAAGUUUCAUCCAGACCUACUUCGAGCCAUUCUAUUGCUCAAACAACUCAUCCAUUGGUUAAAAUGGUUUCAACAAGAUGUCUGCAGCCAAAGUCUCCAAUACCUGUAUCAUCCCUCUCUCUUUGUUUGCCCGAGGCACAAGAAAGCAAACCAUCAAGAAGCAAAAAGAAACUUUAUCGGAAAAAUAUAGCUAUAAAUAGACCGUUGCAUGUUCAAAAGAGGCAUUGUUUAUCUCCUUCAUUUACGGCCAAAUGUGAGAAGUGCUCACACAUUGACCAAAAAUAA